AUGGCAUUUCAAGAUUUCGAUGUCAUCUCGGAACGUCGAAGAAAUGAGCAGAAGGCAAAACUCAAGAAGAGGAUCAUCAUGGGCGUUGUAGCAGCCAUCGUCCUUGUAGGCAUCAUCGGCGCAGUCUUCGUCGUGGUAUUGCCAGGAAAUGACAGCAAAAGCAACAGCACUCCAUCGUCGCAUUCUCCAUCAUCAUCUUCGUACUCCUCGUCGUCGUCGUCACCACCAUCAAUCGCAAAAUCGGAGAAGAUGGUGGAACUUGUCUGCGAUGGUGCCGAGUACAAAGACAAAUGUGAAGGACCUCUGUCAGAUGCAUUGAAGAACGACCCUUCCAUGUCGCAACCCAAGGAUAUUCUCAAGUACUACGCCAAAUAUGCAGAGGAUGCAGUUAACGCUGCCUUCGCCAAAACCGAAACCCUCAACUUCGAAUCCCCGGAGGAGCAAGGCGCCUAUGAAGAUUGCAAGCAGAUCUUCUCUGAUGCCAAGAUCGACCUGGAGGCCAUCACGAACCAAGUAUCCGGAGACAACAUCGAUUUGAGGAACAUCACCAACAGUACUCCUGAUUUGAACAGCUGGCUCAGUGCUGUCAUCAGUUACCAACAAACUUGCAUCGACGGUUUCCCUGAGGGACAGUUGAAGACUGAUCUUGAGAACCUCUUCAAGGACUCUAAGGAGUUUGUUAGCAACACACUUAACAUUGUUUCCAAGGUUGGUAACUUCCUCUCCUCCUUGCCAACGUUCCGGAGUUUGGCCGAGGAGAAGCAUCAGUCGCCAAUCAAUUUCCUGGACAAACGCGAUGGCUUUCCUAACUGGCUUAGCCAGAAGGACAGGAGGAUGUUGAAGGCUGCCGAUAACAGGCCCACACCUAAUGUCACCGUCGCCAAGGAUGGCUCCGGGGACUUCAAAACCAUCUCUGAAGCUUUGGCUGCCAUGCCUAAGACAUACGAAGGAAGGUAUGUGAUUUUUGUUAAGGAAGGAGUGUACGAUGAGACAGUGACAAUAACACAGAAAAUGCAGAACGUAACCUUGUUUGGUGAAGGUUCCCAGAAGAGCAUCAUCACCGGCAACAAAAACUUUAGGGACGGUACCAGGACCUUCCUAACUGCCCCAUUUGCUGUGCUAGGAGAUGGAUUUAUUGGAAAGUCGAUGGGAUUCAGGAACACAGCUGGGCCAGAAGGACACCAAGCUGUGGCUGCGAGAGUGCAAGCUGACCGCGUGGUGUUUGUGAACUGCCGCUUCGAGGGUUACCAAGACACACUAUACGCCCAAACCCACAGGCAAUUCUACAGGAGUUGCAUCAUUUCCGGCACCAUCGAUUUCAUCUUUGGUGACGCCGCAGCAGUUUUCCAGAACUGUAUCAUGGUUGUUAGGAAGCCAAUGGACAACCAACAAACCAUCAUAACCGCACAAGGCAGAGUUGAUCCAAAACAGACCACCGGCAUAGUCCUCCAGAAAUGCAUCAUCAAGGCUGAUGACUCACUUGUGCCUGUCAAGGCCCAGUUCAAGAACUACCUUGGUAGGCCAUGGAAGGAAUACUCCAGGACAGUAAUCAUGGAAUCCGACAUCGGAGAUCUCAUUCACCCGGAGGGAUGGCUUCCUUGGGCCGGCGACUUCGCUCUUAAGACACUCUACUAUGCUGAGUAUGCAAACACUGGACCUGGUUCCAAGACCGAUGGUAGGGUUAACUGGCCCACCUACCAUGUCAUCAACAAGCAAGAAGCUGCCCAGUUCACUGUCGCACAAUUCUUGAAGGGAUCUUGGGUCCAGGGCACCGGUGUGCCAUCAGUUCAGGGUUUCUAUAACUAA